GUAAUAUAAUAACACAGUGAGUUAACUAUAGUCCAAUGAAUGUGGACGUAACACCAUUCACUAUCCGGCUGGACCAAUGGUAAUUAACACUUGUUUUGCUAUCCAUGGAUGGUAUCUAGGCGAUAAGGAGCUUGAGUAAACCGACGGAAAAAAAAAGACUACAGAUGCCCAUUAUUAUUGUUUGGUAGAAAGACUACGUCCACUCCAAUAUUUACUACCAUGUCGAAACCCAAAGAGGGUCAUUCGGCAACACCUACUACAACGAUGGUCGGAGAUUCGUCCCGAGGUAGGCAGAGAGGAAAUGGUUUUUACCUGUACAUUAUUUUCAGACAAGUUUCUGGGCGAGAUCUAAAUUGUGAGCAGUUCUUAAAACAUGAAGUUGAAAGAAAUAACUUCCAGGGCCUGGAAAUUAUUGAUUCUUCAAGGUGUGGAAAAGAUGAGGUCUUUAAGAUUAAGCUACCAUCUAUCUCAACAGUUACACGAAUUAUGCCCAGAAUAAGGGAUGGCGGUAAAAGAGAGAACAUUAAUAUAGUCUGGGCCUAUGAGCGUCGUUUGUCAAGAAAAUAUGCAGAUUGUUUUAAACUCGCAACGUCUACACAACCAGAAGCAAAAGAACAAAUUGUUAACCCUUUGUCCGCACAAGAACACAAGUGUCCCGGUGGUCCGUCGAGGGAGUCUAAAGUGAUAAACAGAAUGGAAGACAAGAAACAUGAAGAGUUGCUGUUUUAUAUAGCUUUCAAAAAUAUUACCAAUAAGACCUUUGAUUGUGAUAUUUUUUUAUUGUCUGGAAGUAAAGCUAAGGACGGUGACAUCAAUAUAUUAUCUUCUGUUACAUGCCAUGAAGACGUGCUCUUAACGGUAACUUUUAAAUCAGAAGAAAAAGCAGCAAAAACGCUUUGGCACAUUCGCAAUAAAGGCCACAACCUGAAAGAGAGAAUAGAGAUAGUAUGGUACCACAAACCUUUGCUGCCAGGUAAAUAUCUUCGUUUUCUUGAUUCUGCAUCACAAGCGACAGAGAAAGAAGUUCACCCAAAUGAUAAGGUGAAACAACACAAUGUUGCUAGCGCUGAACAUCCAUUCCCAAAGACCAAUAGCAAGUGUGAUGCAUCCAUGUCCAAAAACGAGCUUCAGUGUCCAAGCCCGUUGAAAGAUCCAGGAGGGAUUACAGGAACAAAAAGGGCGGAAGACAAAAAAAUCGAACCAUUCUUGAUUUAUGUUGCAUUCGAAAAUAUUCCCAAAGAGUCAUUCGAUUGUACACAGUUUUUGUUAACUCAAAAUGAAGUGAAGGAUAACCAGAUAAAUAUAUUGUCCACGGUUUUAUGCGGCGCUGAUGUUCUCCUUACAGUUACGUUUAGUUCAAAGACGAAAGCCUUGGAUACUCUGCGAUCCAUAAGAACCAAAGGUAAUAAACUCAAAGAUAGAAAAGAGAUAAAAUGGUACUACAAGGACUCGUUACCAAGGAAAUAUUGUAAUUGUCUUCAAUCUGUGCCGCAAAAUAGAAACGAGAAGGUUUACCAAAAUGAUAAAAAGACAAAACAAAUUCAAAGAACUGACGUCAAUCUCCCAAAGCAACCACCAGUACAUGCUAAAAACCCCCAACACAACCCAUACGGAAAUAAAGGUGGCGAAACAAAACAACAGUCAACGAAAAGUACAGCAGGAUCAGAUGAAAAAAACACCAAAGUUGAUGCAAUUCGCCCAAAAGAGGAAGGAACUUGCGUCUAUGUUUCAAUACAGGAAUCGGUGAAAGAAAGAGUAUUAGAAGGGUUUCUUCGAGCUAGAAUUGGAUGCGAGUCAAAGGCUACGGAAUUCAAAGUCAUCUCUACAGAAAUAGAGCAAAAGACCUCCUUCACAAUGGUGACCAUUCGGUUCAAAAAUAAACUUCUAGCCCGUGAAGCUCUUAACUUACUCAAGAUGAGUAAUUUAAACUCUGAGACCCAAUUGGGGUGUUCUUUAACAUCACCGAAUGAUACGGUCGAAUUCAGAAAGGAGCAACUAGCCAAUAAACUGAACGAUAUCCAAAAUCGGUCAUCAAAGGUGCUGCAUGAGCUAAGCAGUAAAACAGAUAGGGCUAAUGAUCGUCUGAACAAAUUAGUUACCCCCGCUUAUGUAUCCACAACUGAAUAUGAAACCAUUAUGGACCAAAGAUGUGCUCUGAAGUCAGAUAUUGAAGAAUUUAAGAACCAAGAAAAAGAAUAUAACCGAUGCGUUCAAGAUAUUACAGAUCGCUUGUCAAAUUCAAUCACCUCUGAGAAUUUUGAAUACAAUUUAUCAUCAGAAACGAUCAAUUUUGGUAUAGAAUGUUGUCGAUUAGAAUCCGGUCUGCCCAUUUAUGGAAGAAGAUUCGGUGUCCUAAAGUUGAUCCAGGAAAACCAAAUUGUCAUUAUCCGAGGUGAAACCGGUUCUGGUAAAAGUACGCAGUUAGUCCAAUACCUCUACCAAGCUGACUUCGGUAAAACAGGAAUGAUAACAUGUACCCAACCUAGAAAGGUCGCGUGUGUUAGUCUUGCUGAAAGGGUAGCAACAGAACUUGUUACAAACGUUGGCCAAAUUGUUGGUUACAAAUCGGGAUUAAGAAGAAAAAUAUCUGAACAGACCAAGAUUGUAUAUCAGACGCACCACAGUUUACUCCAGGAGUGCCUUAAAGAUCCAAGAUUAAUCAAAUACUCCUGCAUCAUGAUUGACGAAGCUCACGAAAGGAGCAUAUAUACCGAUAUUUUAUUAAGCAUCAUUAAAAUAUGCCUCCCAGUUCGCCCAGAUCUUAAAGUCAUCAUAUCAUCGGCUACCAUUGAUGUUGAAAUCUUUUCGGAGUACUUUCACGGCUGUCCUACUGUAGAAAUAUCUGGACGGGCGUUUCCUGUAGACGUUAUUUGGCGCGAUGCGGAAGAACAAUAUCACGAUUUUAAAAACUUUGAGGGUGCCGCCGUUGCCUUAGCUAAGCAUAUUCAUUUAACUGAAGGACAAGGAGAUAUUUUAGCUUUCCUUCCAUCGCCGCUAGAUACAGAAAAAUGCAAAGAAGAUUUGGACAAAAAAUUAACGGGACGAACCAACUACAAAUGUUUUCCAUUUCACGGCCAGCUCCAUCCUGUGGAGCAACAGGAAGUAUUUCAGGGUCUCCCAAUAGGACAGCGUAAAAUUGUCUUUGCAACAAACGCAGCAGAAACAUCUAUCACUAUUCCAGGAAUAAAGUUUGUGAUUGAUACUGGAAUGGCUAAAGAGAGAGAGUUUGAUCCUAUUAGACAUAUAAAUACAUUGCGACCGAAGAUUAUUAGUAGAAGUUCCGCUAAUCAAAGGAAAGGUCGAGCUGGAAGGACAGCUCCCGGGAUAUGCUACAGGCUAUAUACACGGCAGAGUUACGAAGAAAUGAAUCCCUCCAGCGUUCCUGAGAUACAAAGGGUGCAUCUUGGACAGACACUUUUGAUGCUUUACGAAAUGGAUAUGGAUCCGUUGACUUGUGAUUUCGUAGAAGCACCAUGUGCGGAUGCUAUGGAUUCAGCACUAAGGACACUAGAAGAACUCCGAUGUGUGGUUGAUGGUAAGAUAACAGAGCUAGGGAAAUGGUUGGCGAAAAUUCCCCUGGAACCACGCUUAGCAACGAUGAUAAAAUUGGGCCAUGACAAAGGUCUUUUAUAUGAUGCAAUAGUUUUCGCCGUUUUAUUUGGUACAUGUGGCAAUUCCAUAUUUUAUCGCUCAGGUUCAGAUGAGGCAAAACGAAGAGCCGAUAAACUAAAACUUAGAUUCUGUCAUGAUAAAGGUGAUGGCCUCACAUUUAUGGAGAUCUACAAGGAAUGGGUGAAGCAACCAGACAGACGCCAGUUUCCAUGGUGCCUCGAAAACAAAAUCAGCGCCAAGAUUUUGCGAGGAGCUAGGGAAACGAUUCUUGAGAUCAUUGCAGUUUUAAGAAAGGAAUAUCAAAUCACGGUUGACCAGACAUUUAAAAGGGGGGAAGAAAGUGUGGAGCAUCUGCAGAAAUUCGUUCUAUACGCCUUCUUCAACAAUAUUUGUUAUCACAUGGGCCAUGAAAAGAUGGGAUAUUUUGUUCCAGAUUUAGACCAAAGGGUCUAUGUUCAUCCAUCGUCAGCUCUUAAAGCUCUGGGUGAUUCUAGUGAUUGGUUGGUAUAUGGAAAUUUUCUUCGAACAUCGCGUGACUUUAUCACAACCGUAACCCCCAUCAGAGAAGAGUGGAUUACUGAGAUAGCGAACGAGAAAAAGCAGCAUUUUGACGUUGAAAUAUCAAAAAGCAAGAAAUUAUUCAGAACCCACACAGAACAUUUUGGGGUUUCCACCAUGGCGGCUUUUAUAGGAGCUAAAUAUACAAAUAUCAGACGUUGUGAAGACAUGCUAUCAAAGGAAUUUCAAACGCCAAUAGUUCUAGAGGUGGAGAGGGACAAAGGGGACAUCCAUCUCUUUUCUACCCUAAAUUCUAUGGACGCAGUGGAACAAUUUAAGAAUAUGGUAAAAGAAGUAAAAGAGUCGUUCCAGAUGAAAUCCCGGGAGUUCCAGCUUGGAUCAAAACCAACUCGAUUUGGCGGUGUACGAAUAGUUAUUGGAGUUGGUGGAGAGGGACAAAUGAUACUUUUACCAAAUGAAUACCGGUCUAUUUAUAUAGUAAGACCUCAUCGUUACACAAAAGCUGACGACGUCAUCAAUAAGUUCUCUGAAUACGGGGAGAUUAUAGACACUUGGCAAGACACGCGUUCUGGCGAUCGUUGGGGAAAACUGACUUUUGAAUCUCCAGAGAGUGCGCUGGACGCUGUCUUGGAAACACAGGAUGAUGAGUUUGAGGCAGCAAUCCCCGAGUUUAAAUUUAAUGAUAACCACGAUUACCAGUUUAAAGCCAAAUUAACGUGGUGCAGAAGACCUUUAACUGGUUUAGCAUUUGUGGACAUUGAUCCAGCUGAUCUUCCCAAAGCUAGUCGAUUGGGCCGGUUAAAGAUAUUGGAUAGGUUUGUCAAUGUCAACCUGGACAGAAAAUCGGGUCAAAGUUUAUGUUUGAGAGGAAUACCCCAAGGAGCACAAGAAGAAGAUAUUCGAGAGAGUCUUAUUUCUUCUAUGAGAUUCUGCAGUGAAGAUGAAGAAGAUCGAAUACUUAGAAUUAACUUACUGCGAGAAAAAGUCAAAACCACUGAACGAGAUUUGCGUGACAUCAAGGAGAAGAUCGAGAGUGUGAUAAGCCGUAUCGUCCCAGACAGCUCAUUCCUGGUGGAUUUAUCAGCUCCAAGGAAGGAUACCGACUUUGAUUUCCAAGCUUUUGUGAGAUUUAAGCAAAUAGAGCACGGUGAAAAAGUUUGCAGGAAACUUACUGACGAUAUCGAACUGACGAUAUCGAACCAAAUUGUCCAAAUCACACCAGACUUGUCAACAUCCAUCAAUGUAACAAAGAACGUCUAUGAGAAGAUGCUUCCAGUUGUAAAAGAAUAUAUCGAGAUUCUGCGAACAAAACUCAGGAUGAAUUUCCAUUGUGAGAUUAAGCCCUUAAAUAAAAACCGGGUUUCAAUCAGAAUAUUUUCUGAAAUACCUAAAGAUCUUUCUCGGGUUAGAUCCAUAUUGGCCACACUGUUGAAAGGAGAAGUCAUGGAAUGUUGGAGGAAUGAUAACUAUCGUUUUCUCUUUCUUCAAACGGGUCGAACAUUUCUAAAUGACUUAGAAAAGACAAGCAACGUGCAUAUUGCGGUCGACGGAAGUAGGUUUACAAUAAGUAUUUACGGACAAGUGAAAGAUACGUCUGCGGCUCAGAUAGAAAUUAACAAGUUUUUGGAAGAAGUCAUUGAAGGGACGGGUAGGGAAAUUUCUCUUAAUUCUGCUGACCAACCAAAGGGAUUGAUGAAAGCUUUGAUCAAAGAGUAUGGGCUGAACCUGGAGAUACUGAUUGAGGAGGAAAGGUUGAAUUCGGCACUUUUAAAUCACUCAACACAGGUCCUUAAACUUAUGGGAACUCAAAAGAAUGUUGAUAAAGCAUUUAGCAGGAUUGCUUUCAUUGCGCGUGCGUUGAAUAAGACCAAGUCUCAAACUAAAUCAAAUGAAGAGCUUCCGGAGUGCAGCACCUGUUUUAUGACUGUAGAACACAUCUCCAAACUGUACAGAUUAGAAUAUUGUGGGCAUGCGUAUUGCCUUGAUUGUCUACAUCAGCAGAUCAAACUCGCAAUACAGAAUAAAGAUCUACCGAUUCUGUGUGGAGGCGAUGGAUGCCAGGAGCCUUUUGUGUGGCAUGAUUUCCUUAACACUUUCAGGAAAUUUAAUAUAGAGGAUGAAUGCUUAGUUAAUGCUGCUGUUGACAAGUUUGUUAUGAAAAAUCGGGAAUCCUACCGCCAUUGUCUAUCUGCUGAAUGCCCAAUGGUAUACCGUAUUACAUUAAAUGGUGCGUUAUUUGUGUGUGGCGAAUGCCGAUUGAAAAUCUGUACAACCUGUCACGUGGAGUAUCACGAUGGUCUGACGUGUGAAAUGUUCAAAAGUAUAUCCAAAGAAGAACUUAGUCUUGCGAAGUUUCUGGGAGAAAAUAAAGACACGGUUAAGAUAUGUCCCAAGUGCAAAACCCUAAUUGAGAAAACCUAUGGCUGCCAUCAUAUGAGUUGUAAAUCGUGUGAUAAUCAUUUUUGCUGGCUUUGUUUAGCUAGUUUUGGAACCAGUAAAGAAUGUUACACCCAUAUAGCUAAAAACCACGGAGGUAUAAAUAAUUACUAGAACGUGUAAGAUAGACAUAACAUGUGCAAGUAUCUCUGAAACAACAGAUUUCAAGACCAUUAUUUACUUUGAUUAUGUACUCUCUGUUAGCUUACAUUAAGGGGGUGGGGAUGGAUGGCUUAAAUGGUUAACGUUUGUGCGCUGCAUCAUAAGGUAUGCCAUUGAGUCAACUGGUGUGGUUUUGAUUAUCCGGUUGUACGUGACAAAGGGUAGGGUCGCCUAUCCAACCACGUAUGUUUUCCAGGGUCCUCCGAUCCACCCACUGCUAAAGACCCCUACGCGCAAGCGGAUUAUUGAAAUAAAAUUGAACCAGAUGUUAGUCCCGAAAUGACCUAGUUUGUGUAGAUUAUGUUAGCUUACUUUAAUUAGUAGCAGAUAGUAAGAAACAGUAAUUAAGGUUUAAUAUUAAGAUAUUAAUAUAUUCCACAUUAUGAUCAAUCUAUCGGCUAUGUCAUAUUGGCGCACAUUUAUUUAUGUUCAUAAUAUUUAAAAAUACAUUAUGCAAGAGCUAAAUCUGCCCAUUGCAGCUCUUUCUUUAGACCUUAAGUGUUAUUUUGCUUCAUUGCAAUUACAAUUACUGGAAUGAUGAUGAUAGUGAUGAUGAUUAAUAUAUUUUAAUCAUGUCAUUACUAUGGGAUGGUUGUUUUUGUUAUCUAUAUAUUUUGUUGCAUUGUAUUUACAACUACCGGAAUGAUGAUGAUAAUGAUGAUGAUGAUAAUGAUGAUGAUUUAUAUAUUUUGUUGCAUUGUAAUUACUAUUAGUUUGAUGGUUGGGUUUUUUUUUUUGUUUUUUGUUAUUUCUAUACUUAGUUACAAUGUGAUUGUAGUGCCGUUGAAUGAUACAUAACCUCGUGGGUUUUCUCCGGGUCCUCCGGUUUCCUCCCACUGCUAAAGACCCCUACGGGCUAGCGAAUUAUUGAAAUAUAAAAAUUAAACCAAAUGUUAGUCCCAAAAUGACCUAGUUUGUGUCGAGUGGACGUUAAACCCCAUCUCUCUCUCUCCCUCUCCCCCUCUCUCUCUCCCUCUCUCUCUCUCUCUCUGAAUGAUACAUAUCAACUGGUGACUAUCGUUUAUCGUGAAACAAAGUCGCGCAGUUUUACGUCUGUUAUUAUAUUUUCGGAUAUAUGUAUAUAUAUUACAUUUAAUUACAAUAAUUGUGGUGGUGGAUAUUGUUAUUAUUUAUAUAUUUUGUUGUUAAUAUUAUUUUUGUAUUUUGUUGCAAUGGAAUUUUUGUGCUAUUUUGUUAAGUGCUAUUAUGUAUUAUCAACCGGUGAAUAAUUCCUGUAUAAUUUGUACUAAUAAUAUUAACUUCAUAAAUAUUGUGCUCGUGGUGCUUGACAAAACAUAUCUACAUAAGGCCUUAGCUCUCAGUUAUAACUUGUUUGAAACAGAUGAGUUUUUAAAAGUUUCUUGAAUGACGAUAGUGAGGUGCACAAUCGGAUUAAAAGACAGAUCCUAUUUCGUUUCGGUUUUUUUUUAUAGUUCAAAAUUUCGUUUUACUUGGCUUUACUACACUAGGAUCUGGAAAAGUUGUUAUAUUACUGGCGCUCUUGUUGAAGUGAGGGAUUAGCCAAUGAAACGGUCUGUUACAGCAAGUUCUUGGCAUUUGAUGCACGGAACUGUGGGUAAACCACUAGAAACUUUAACCCUGAAUGAUUAAUUAAUAUCUGACGUCAUAGAGUCAAAAGUCGCUCGUACAUUGACAUGAUCUUCCAGUAAAACCGACCAGAACUUCAUGUAGUGUAGGCCAUCGAAAGUAUAAAAAACGAAACGAAAUAUAAAUCUGUAUUUUAAUCAGAUUGUGGGGUGCAUUGGCGUAUUGGUUAGCCACGGUGGCUAGUUGGUUAAGACGCUGGCUCGCUAGCCUGGAGGUUGGGUGUUUGAUCCCUGCAUUGGCCGAGAAAGUUCAUCCUGAUUUUCCGACGUGGUUUCCCCUUGUCAGUGGUGCAGAACGGAGGGCCUGACAAGGACAGCUGUCUAGUCCUUCGGAUGAGACGAAAAACCGAGGUCCCGUGUAUACAUUGGAAUGCACGUAAAAGAUCCCUUGUCAGUUGGAAUUCGAUAUAAGAGUAGGCGAUAGUGCCGCUGCCCGGGCAAAAUUUCCCUCAUAGCACACUGUAUGGCGAUUGCCCGUAUUCAUCAGCCCAGUAUAGGAGCAGAACAGUAGGACGUUUAACCCCAUUUCAUUUCAUUUCAUUUCAAACGAACGAUGACCUUGUACGAUCAGUUGAUCGAGAGAUUUUUCUAUGGAAUGUAAGAUUGAAUAAGUUCACAACGAUAUUUGUAAUGCUGUGUAAUCAGUAAUGCAUAGAUGUUAAUAUUGAUCGGGAGCCGGCGUUCAUAUCUCAGUUACUUUAUCUUGUUAACGUGUCGUUUGGUAAUUAUUCGUUAAAUUCCUGUUGCUGAAUAGUCAAUUUCUUAACCCGUUAGCUAACGGGCUGAUUAAAGUUAAUCCGGAGACGACUGAUAAUUAUGCCCACAAUUCAUUUCUACAUCCUGUUUCCAUUACACAUUUGUUUACAAAAUGGCCGACGCGACAGGAAUCAAGCGAAACCCAUAAACCCCGUUUACAUUACAAAUUUUAAGCGUGCCAGGAACGGUACCUGGCACGGCACGGUUAAUUAUUUUGUAGUGUAAACGGGUCAAACAUAAGCGUGCCGUACUGAGUAUCGUGCCAAUCUGUCCCACUGAACUGAGGUGGUCUCGGCACGGUACCAGGCGCGGCGCGAUUAAAUUUUCUUAGUGUAAACGCUAUCCGGUCUGAGCACCGUUUCAGUAUGGAUUGUGCUUGCGUGAAACGAACCUUGACCUUUAUUCUGUCAAAAUAGAUGCUCAAAAUAAAUCAACCAUCAUAAUUGUUUUCAUCUGGGUAAUUUGUAUAGAGACUGAAAUUAACUUUUCUGUGAAGAGUUCAACAUUUGGCGUGCUUGGCACGGUUAUGAGACCGGUUAUUUUAGAGUAAUGUAAACGGGUCAAUUUCUUGAAAUUUAUCGUGGCCUGGUACCGUGCCAAAAUGUAAACGGGACUAUAGAAUACUUUGUAACAUGGACGGGAAGUCUUCCUUUGUUCUUUUCGUUGAAUAAGCAGAUUGUUUUCCCUCUAGUAAAUUGGGUGGAGCUUAACCGUGUAAUAACUAGACAUGUUCAAUGUUAUUGCACACUUUUGCUGGUUUCCACUAGUUUCAGUAGAAAUCGUGUAGAGAAGUGGGGUGUGUUUUCUGUGAAAUAAAAAUUAUAAAAAAAAGAAUGUUGAGCAGGUGUCAAUGUUACAAAUCAUUUAUAACAUUUAUAGCACCCCCACCCCCUCGAAAAACCUCUCUAGAAUUGGUAUUCUAUAGGACGUUUUACUAAGGGCAUAUUACUUCGAUUGACAACCGACUAAUGCCAUCGUUAAACAGAUAACCUAGCUCAAAACCGUUGUUAAAUACAACGGCACGUUUACGACACGUUAAAGUUAACGGGGCCUUCAGCAACAGACUUUCUCAGCUUAAAAGUCAGCUAUCUGUUAACCGUCAGACCGGGGUGGCGUCCUUACUGCGCUGCAGCGACCUACAGCGACCAGAAAAUGUACAAGGUCGCCACCAAACGUAAACAUAACGCGAGAAAUAUCCCCCAAAAUUCCAGGCGUGUGCUUAUACCCCAGUCAGGCAAAGAUGGCGCCUUUACUGCGCUGCUACGGCUGCGAAAAUGGCCCCAGAGCACGUCAAGAUCGCCAUAAGAGUGAUAAAAGCGUGAUGGAAACGCCAGAUAUCGCACUGUGGUCUCGAUGGUCGCAAAUGAUCACUGAAUCACGGCGUGUGUUUUGAGCAUGUUCAAAACAAACGCCAAGGUUCUGCGAUCUGCCCUGGAAAGAUGUAACAACGCGAGACCAUGGAGACCACAGCACGAUAUCUGGCGUUUCCACCACGCUUUUAUCGCGCUUAUGGCGAUCUUGACGUGCUCUGCGUCCAUUUUCCGUUGCCGUAGCGUCGCAGUAAAGACACCACCCCAGUCUGACGGGGGUAUUAACGAGUCCUUAUAACAUAAUGGAGCUUUGAACAACUGGCCCAUGAACUUCUUGCAAUGUUAUUGAAGAGAAUUUAAAUGAAACUUAUGUAUAAUAAUAAACUGCGUGUAAUUAUGUAUUGCUGAUUAGUGAAUUGUUAUUCACAUAAAUUUUUCACAAAUGUGCCUAAUCAGCAAGAUUCUAUAAUUUAUUAUACAUUGCUGAAAUCUGAUUGAAAGAAAUUAAAUGACUAUUAUGUAAAAACAGUAA